AUGAACAAAGUGGCUUACUUAUGGUGUGCUCGAGGCGCACCGGUAAUCUCUUAUAUGCUCUUUGUUGACAACAGCUACAUUUACUGUAAGGCAACUGAGGAAGAAGCGUACAAUGUGAAAGAACUGUUGCAUACUUAUGCGGUGGUUUCAGUGCAAAGAAUCAACUUCUCUAAGUCUUCCAUGUUUUUCAGCAAUAAUACUGGAAGUGCGGUGAGGGAUUCCAUUUGUGUUAUGUUGGAAAUUUAUGAGGGUGAUAAAAAUGGCUAUUACCUGGGUCUUCCGUGUUCGGUGGGGAGAAAUAAGAAUGCUAUCUUUGGUUUUCUCAAGGAUAAGCUUCGAAAGAGAAUUCAAGGGUGGGAAGGGCACACGUGCAAGGAGUUAAAGCGACUUAUGGCUAAGUUUUGGUGGCAAUCAGAUUCGAGUAGUGGUAAAGGUAUUCAUUGGAUGAGCUGGGAGCGGUUGUGUCGCCAUAAACAUGUAGGGGGAUUGGGUUUCCAAAGUUUGAGAGACUUUAAUUUGGCUCUUUUGGGGAAGCAAUAUUGGCGUUUAUUGGUUAAUGAUGAUUCUUUAGUUAGUAGGCUUUAUAAAGCAAAAUAUUAUGCUAGUGGUAAUCUGUCAUCUGCUGAAUUGGGAGACAAUUCUAGUUUUAUAUGGCGUAGCAUUCUUGAAGCUAAAGAUCUAAUCCAUGCCUGUGCUCAAAGAACUAUUGCUAAUGGGGAAAAUGUCUCCAUUCUUAAUGAUCCUUGA